AUGCUUCGACAUCUCUCUAGAGGCGCAGCCACAUCAUCAGCUUUCACCGCUGAUGUCGCUCGUUGCUCUUCAUACUCGGGCUCGGUCCGACCGCUGACCUUAUCAGCAUCAUCCUCAGCACUGCCUCGGAGGAAGCGACGAUUGCUUCUGUCAUCAGCCUUGUCUUCAGAACACAACUCAGCCGAGUGUUUGAGAGCACCGUUUCACUCGGACUCGUACUUUAGCUCCUCACCACCAGAGCUUCCCUCCCUUCCUUCCGCCACAUCCGUUUCUACAACCGACCCUACAGAGACACUUAGCUCUGAGCGCUAUCUCCCGCCUUUGCUCGACGUUCCCCUAGUCGCAAAAGACGAAGCGCAGCAUAUUCUCUUGAAAGCCAUUGCAGAUCUCGACGCCGACCGAUCAUGGAACCUAUACAAUCAACUAGGCAAAGCUCGUCUCGCUUUAUCUAGCCAUCUCAUCGACCUUAUCCUCACUUUGCAAUGCCGUAAGCCAGUGAGGAGCAGCCCUGGCAACAUUCGUAGCCGGGCUGCCGUUGGCGAGGUUUGCGAUAGGCUCCUUCGCCUCUGUCAAGAUCGUUUGCGAUGCCAAGUUGGAAGCUCUGUCAGCACUUCUUCGUCGAGCGACAAAUUCGGGCUUGUUGCGCUCUCACCCGCUCUCUCGCUGAGGCUCCUCUACCUGCUUGUCGUGGAGGAAGAGCAGAUCGCAGCUGCAAGGUCAGCCCAACCGCCUCCCAAGCGAAAACACCUGUCUUGCAUCCUCGAAACGCUCUCAGCCAAGAUCGACUCGCAUCAGCGCGGCACGGUACAACUCUUAGAAAUUCAGCUCAGAGGUCGUCUUGCAGCUACUUUGUCUCGACUUGGAUCUACAGAUGCCGCCUACCACCAUUUGUCAACUUUGGUCGAUCAGGCAUUCCGGUCCGAAGAGGACUUGCUCAUCGACCCACGUCCCUUUGAUCAGCUUCUAUCGGCACUCACAAGACAGAGGACGAGCAGAAUGCAACCAAGGCCACAGCAUCUGCCCUCGCCCCUCGACUCUGCAUCAAUCACCAUUGAUCAAGACGAUCCUAUCCUCCGUGCCCUUCACCUCACUCUGCUAUCUCAAGUUGAGGCCUCCAAGGCUAGCAUUCACAGAUGUCUACAGGCACUCGACACGUCCACAUUGUGGUGGCUAUUGCCCUUCGAGCUGCAAGGGAGCAGCCGAGAUGAAGGCCGCUCCAAACCUUCACCCGAUGACCGAUUCGCCCUGACAUCCAAGUGGCAUCCAUGGCAGACUUCUCCGGACGGCCGAUGCCUAUCUGCAGACCUCCUCGAGUCGCUUGCAGAACGAGUUGCCCUUGUCCUCGCGCAGCGCGGCAUCUUACAGCCGGCUCUGCACAUCAUAGAUGGCUUGCAAACCUUGACCGGCAGCAGCAAUGGCGCAAACGUCAGUAGUAGCAACAGCAACAGCGAUGGAAGAUCCCAGGUCACAUCCAAAGUUCCCGACCACGACCUUUUCACCGUUGUUCUGGAACAGCUCGCCGGUCGAAUGUACUCGAACCUCGAUGAGAGCGCCCGCAAGUCUCUGGAUGCACACAGAGGACUUUCUCUGGACAUGCAUCUGGCCAUGAAGGUGUACAGCAUUGCUCAUACAGUCGGCGUAGACCUGGACCUACGCAUUAACGAAGCCGUCAUCAAGGCCUUUUCUGCUUGUCUUCCCACUUCCGUUCUCGACCUUGGUCCAGCUCGAGCACAAUUUAGCACCGUCAAGCCCAACAUUGCGCAGAGAAAUGAAGCUCGUGGCAGUCGUCACGCUUUGCAAGUGUAUCUGCAACACUUCACCGACAUGAUUCUGGCCAAGGAUCCCGAUCUGAGCAAAGGCAGCUUGAGCUUUCCUGCCCAGGCCACCCUGCUCGGUCUUCACAUGCGCACACGCGACUUUGCCUCCACCAAGCGUCUCUACGAAUUGAUUCGUCUGCGCGAGCCAGAUCGAGAGUUCUGGUUGCAAUCUCCUGGUGCUGGAUCUUUGGAACUGUCGGCCUUACAUCCUUUGGCCGGUCCAGAUAACGACACUUUUAGGUGGCUCUUUGUCGAGAGUCUUCGCUCCCUUCCGAACCCGUACUUUGCCGUUCGCCUCUACCUAGACUGGCUCGCUAGUGGCAAUACGCUGCCAUCUCGUAUCACAGCCAUCUUUGUCAAGGUUCUUUUGCGCGCUGGCCUCACCAGUACCGUUCAACGCGUCUUGCAAGAGCUCCAUCAAGACCAUGCCUUCUUGCCCGCUCGCCUUGCUCGCAGCCUUGUCGCCUCCUUCGCCGAGGCUGGCUUCCCCGACAUUGCAGUCGAGUUGGCUACUAACGUUUCGCAGAUAACGGCGUCCACCACCUCGUUCAAGCCAGUCCAGGAAGCAAGUCCUCAUGCCGACGAAACUUCUAUUCAGCGCGAUUCAUGGUUGCUAGGAUCCACUUUGAACCUCAUCAGCAUCGCGUUAGACCGCUCCAGCAAGGCCAUCGGUCCGACAGACGUUGACUUGCAUCGCAAAGUGUUCCGCUUGUUCGACGAGUUCAGGAUCGGUCUCACUCACCAACUGCUUCGCGCAAUGACCGCCACGGAUCCCAAGGCUGGAACGCAGCUGCACAGCUUGUCUCUUGCUGACGUUCGCAACGCCUACAAUGCUAUCAUGAAGGUGCGCUUGCUCACAGUGUCCGAACAUCGAGGCGGUGACGCAAGUGUGGCUGGACAGCAGUUAGAAGUGGAUUGGAAGAUGAUCAAAUCCACCUGCGGUCACGUUGCAGCCCUCUUCGACGAGCUGAAAGACCUCGGAGCCGAGCCCGACAAGGUUUCGUGGGAUUUGCGGCUGAAAGCUGGCGUACACGCGUGCCUGCAUGCACCUACACUCGAGGAGCGAACGCAUUGGCUGCAGCAGACGAUCAAGUCGUUCAAGCAAAGUUGUAACAGUGAAUCCAGAAUGCAUGACGCUCUCCCAGGCAUCGAAAGCAAGGUCUCCGCUGUCAACUUCAGACCGGCAGCCGCUUCGAGAUCACAAAAGGUCAAAGUCCUACCGGCUGUUGUCUCGUCCCUCAUCGAUGCCUGUCGUCGGUGCAACGAUUUUACGUCCGGCAUUCAAGUCUACGAGACUCAUUUGCGACAAAACGGCUUCAACGCGUCGGUUGAGAAGGAAAAGCAUCAAUUGCUUGCAGCUUGGGCCGAGCCUGGCAAAUGA